CCACCUCCCCGCUCUCGCGAGGCCGCACGCGCUACCCAGCAGCCCUCGGGGGCACAGUCGUCGCCGACGUCCUUCGGAGCGGAAGCAACAACAUGGCGUCUGCCACUCGCAUCAUCCAGAAGCUGCGGAACUGGGCGUCUGGGCAAGACCUGCAGGCGAAGCUGCAGCUGCGCUACCAGGAGAUCGCCAAGCGGACCCAGCCACCUCCUAAGCUCCCUGUGGGCCCCAGUCACAAGCUGUCCAACAAUUACUACUGCACUCGUGAUGGCCGCCGGGAAGUUGUGCCUCCCUCCGUCAUCAUGUCUUCACAGAAGGCCCUGGUGUCGGGCAAGCCAGCUGAGAGCUCAGCUGUGGCUGCCCCUGAGAAGAAGGCAGUGACGCCUGCUCCUCCAAUGAAGAGGUGGGAGCUGUCCAAAGACCAGCCAUACCUGUGACACUGCCCCAAGCUGCUUUGCCCGGUCCUCAGGGCCACCUGACUGCUUUUCCUCCUUGGAUUUCCUGGGGAGAGUGUGACCUAAUUUAUAACAAAUACACAGAGCUCACAUUA